AAUGACACUCCUAGGCUUAUAUAAAAAGGACAGUUUUUCUCUCCUUUUCUCCGCCAUCGUGGUGGCGGACAGACUUGUCUUCGCCAUGUCUUCCCACAAGACUUUCAGAAUCGAGCGCUUCCUGGCUAAGAAGCAAAAGCAGAACCGUCCUGUUCCUCAGUGGAUUUGGAUGAAAACUGGUAAUAAGAUCAGGUACAACUCCAAGAGGAGACACUGGAGAAGAACAAAGCUGUGUCUAUAAGGAUUCCUCUAAGAUGCGCCAUAUUUGUGCUG